CUCUGCAUCUUCUACUGCUUCUGUGCUUCACAAAGCACUCUACGACUAAAGGUUUGACCCCCCCCCCCCCCACACACACACACACUGACUCACAUUGUAGCUGAUUAAAACUAACCCUGACUGUUUUUAACCUUUUCAGAAUAAGUCACUUUCUAAGAAGUUUGCCUCCAUUUGUGUAAGACAAAAAGGUCAACGUCGGCAUAUUUUAGGUUGCGCAAGUAUUUUCCCAUGCUUCACAACCGCCCUCAUUUGAACCCCAAACAAGUCAAUGACGAGUCUGAUUUGUUGCCCGUGCUUCUGGUGCAGACGACCCACAGGUGUACCACUGUACUUUACCUUUACGGUCUGCAGAACAACUUUUAUUCUAUAUCCCCAUAGCGUACCUUCGGGAGGCCGACUAGCCCGGCGUCCCCAUUUCAGGGUCCUAAUAGGCUUUAGUGGUGAGCCAUAAUUGCAUCUGAACUGGGUCAGACUUCUUGUAAUAAACUGCUCAUCGCUGCAACCCGAGACGACGCUCUCCAUCCUGCCCGCUAUAUCAUAUUUGCCACAGAAGCCGCCGGCACAAUCCACUCCACGCCUCUCCGAUCGAUUUCCCCCCCGCCGCGAUCCGCUUACCGCGUGAUUCGAUUGCUGUGGUGGGAAAAUGGGACGUUAAUGAGAUGCGAGCAAUCGCCUCGUGAGUGCUGCCCGCCCGCACCUUUCACCCGAAUCCUCCUCUUUCGCUUGCGCUCGCCUCCCUAUCCAUCCGCCGUCGUCGGGUCCUAUCUUUCCAUCACACCCUCCGGUCUCUCCACGUCUGGCUUCCUCUUUCGGGUCCCCCAAGUGGUUUUAUUUUCCCGCCCUCUCAUUCAUAUCGGCGUCUCUUUUUUAAAACGUGUGUCUGGUGUUUCCUCCGAUUUGUCUCUCCGCCGCUCUCUUCAGAACUCUUUUGAGGCCGACGAGAUGAGAGCGAAGACGUAUCUGCUUUCCGUUCCACAAUCCAACUUUUGAAGUGUUUCUCUGCUUCCCGUCUCCAUUCAAGUCUCCGUCGCCAUGGACCUAGGAGAUGGAUUCCGAAAGGAGAACGUGGACGCCAGCUCCUUCGUCUCCUCGGACUCUUCUUGGUUGUCGUUUGACCUUAGCACUGACCUCACGUCACUCGACUCUGACCGAGUGCCGACUCCCCCGGCAGCUCCCGGCGGCUGGAGACCUCUCGAGGACCAGCACCCGAGGAAGUCCUCUUCUGAACCGCGACACCGGCAGGCUGCGUGGAGGGAGACGUCCUUUCUCGGAAGUGAUGACCACAAGAACAAAAUGUCGGGCUGGCCGCCCCCGGGCCCAGGCUCCUGGGCUGGACUGCAGGGGCCUCCAUACAGCUGGGCCAGCAUGAACAGCACCAGGGAGGGGCGGGACUCCCUCACCAACCAAGUGUCCCAGUGCAGCUCCCUGGAGGAGGUUCACCUGGACGCGGUCCCCCCCGCCCCCCGCCUGGUGGAGAUGAGGCGGGACCCGGUCCUGGGCUUCGGCUUCGUGGCGGGCAGCGAGAAGCCAGUGGUGGUCCGCUCGGUCACACCAGGUGGUCCAUCGGAGGGGAAUCUGUUGCCAGGCGAUGAGAUCAUCAUGAUCAACCACGAGCCGGUCAGCUCGGCUCCCAGGGAACGAGUCAUCGAUCUCGUCAGGAGCUGCAAAGAAUCCAUCGUGUUGACCGUCGUCCAACCGUAUCCUUCCCCGAAAUCAGCGUUCAUCAGUGCAGCCAAAAAAGCCAUGCUCAAGUCCAAUCCGGUCAAAGUGCGCUUUGCAGAGGAGGUCAUUAUAAACGGCCAGGUUCCAAGCCUGGCGAAGGACAACUCCCUCCUGUUCAUGCCAAAUGUCCUGAAGGUCUACCUGGAGAACGGGCAGACCAAGUCUUUCCGCUUCGACAGCAGCACUUCCAUCAAGGACGUGAUCCUGACCCUGCAAGAGAAGCUGUCCAUCAAAGGCAUCGAGCACUUCUCCCUGGUGUUGGAGCACCGGACGGAGGGCUCUGGAAGCAAACUGCUCCUCCUGCACGAAGAAGAGAUGCUUACUCAGGUGACCCAGAGGCCCGGCUGUGACAAGAUGAAGUGUUUCUUUCGGCUCAGCUUCGUGCCCCGGGACCCCGUGGAGCUGCUCCGGAGAGACGGCGUGGCAUUUGAAUACCUCUACGUGCAGAGUUGCAACGACGUGGUGUUGGAGCGCUUCGGCGCGGAGCUGAAGUACGACGCCGCGCUGCGACUGGCCGCUCUGCAGAUGUACAUCCUCACCAUGACAACCAGGCAGAGCCAGAAGGUGUCCCUGAAAUACAUCCAGAAGGAGUGGGGUCUCCCGCUGUUCCUGCCUCCCGCUGUGCUGUCCAGCAUGAAGGAGAAAAACAUCAGGAAGGCUCUGACGCACAUCCUCAAAACCAACCAGAACCUCGUGCCUCUGGGGGAAAAACUGACUGGGUUGCAGGCCAAGGUGCAUUACCUGAGGUACCUCAGCGAACUCCGGCUCUACGGAGGGAGGGAGUUCAUCUCCAUACUUUUGCAAGGGGAGAAACAGACCGAGGUGACGCUGCUCGUGGGCCCACGUUACGGCAUCAGUCACGUCAUCAACCUGCGGACCAACCUCGUGGCGCUGUUGGCCGACUUCAGCCACGUCAACCGCAUCGAGAUCCUCACCGAGGACGAGGCCAACGUCCGACUGGAGCUGCACGUUCUGGACGUCAGGCCCAUCACACUGAUCAUGGAAGCCAGUGAUGCAAUGAACCUGGCCUGUCUUUCAGCGGGCUACUACCGCCUCCUAGUGGACUCGAGGAGAUCUAUCUUCAGCAUGCCCCACAGCAACAGCACUGAAGACACUGGUCAGGAUUGUGUCCUGGAAUGGCCGUACAGCACAUCUUUGGGGGACAACGAGCAGCCGUCACCCGGCCCCGGAGAGAGCUACAACCGGGACUCUGAGUAUUCCAACAACGGGCCGAGAGAAAACAGCGUCUCCCCUUACUUCCAUGAGACCCCUGACCCAGACCCUGGGACACGUAGGCGUCCGUUGCCCCCUCCUCUUCCCCCCGCCACCAGACACAAACCUCAAGACUCUCCUCGGAGCGCCAAAGUGUCGUUCAUUUUUGGGGGGGACCCGCCCCUGAACAGGCCGAAGAACUUGGGCUAUGAAAGACUGUCGGAGAGCCCGGAGGUCCCCGAGCACAGACCGCCCUACAUGCACAACAACACAGACUUUCGGCCGCAGGACAGGCUGCCGUUUCAGUUCGGGGGUCUGACGCACGUCUACAGCAACAUCAUCACCGAGGAAGGUGGGGAGGAGCCGCUGCUCAGGGAUCUGUUCUAUCGCGGCACGGCGGACGACGCGGAGGACGACGACGACGCCUCCUGCGAGGAAGACUCCGCCGGGGGGACGCCGGUGGGCGACGACGGCGGAGGCGGAGGUGAAAACCGCGGCGACCAGGGAGGGGGGUCGGCCGCGGCGGCCGGCAAGCCUUCCUUCCUGGCGCUUUCCGCUUCCGCCGACGACAUCAUCGACCUGACGUCGCUGCCCCCUCCCGAGGGAGACGACGGCGUCGGAGAGGACGAGGACGACGCGCUGCUGGAGACGCUGAACCUGGCGAUCGCGGCCCCUCCGCCGGGCUUUCGGGACAGCUCGGACGAGGACGCGGCGCCCGAGGGAAGGCCGCUGAGCACGAGCGGCCGCGGCGAUAUCCCGGCGUCGUCGAUCGACGCCGUCCCGACGCAGGCGGAAGGGGGAGGGAGCAGGGGAGCAGAGAGGAGGCUGGAGAAUGCAGUCGUCCAUACCCUACAAGCCCUGGAGGCUCUGACCGUCUCUGAACAGAGGCCUCCGCCGCCCAACAGGAGGAAUCCAGCCGUUUACUCGUCUCGAGGCCUCAGCCCCGAGUCGUCCUCAGAUUCUGGCAAUGAGACCAACUCCUCGGAGAUGACGGAAAUCUCCGAACUUGCUGCUUCUCACCGACUCAACGAGAGCCACAUGCGCCUCCUGAUGGCCACAAGGGAAGGGUACCAACCUUUACUUGAGGAGAAAACGGAAUUCCCCGUCUCGCCCGGCGCCGCCGGAACGACACAGAAGAAACCCCGCAGUCCUCAACGGUACCUUCAGCCUCCAGCCAUUCCCCCGAGGCGGAGCCCCCUCUUGGACACGGCUUCGUCGUCGGGGUCCGACGGCUUGGUGGCGAGGCCCCAGACGCAGCUCUCGUCCACUCUCCAGCGCCCGAGUUCCACCACGCCGGGAGGCGAGCAUCACAAAAAGUCGGCGGAUUCCAGUGGCAAAUACAACACGUUCAGCACAAGGGAAGGGCAUCGAGGCGAGAGCGGCGGCCGGAGCCGCGGCCGUCUUGAAAUGGACCAGCGCACUUCGUUCUGCGAGCGAGGCGAAGGUCAAAGGAGGCAGAAUUCUUUCUUGUCGGAAAACGCCGCGGCCGAGGGCGUCGGGACGGACGGCCUCCCCGGCGACCGUCCCAGAAUCCCCCGUCCGCCCUCCGUCGACUCCGAGCGCCUGUUGGAUGUCGUCGACUCGGGGCGCUGCGGCGUCGACGACGGAGCCGCAGCUGUCGAGCGAGACGAGCAUCUGGUCGCGGCGGCGUCGCCGGUGUCCCCGAACAAAAAACCCCGAUCCGGGGGGUCCGACCAAGCAUCGGACGUGCAAAACGACCACCGGCCCGUCUCUCGACAGCAGAGCGCCGCGCGGUUGUGCGAGUACCACCUCGCCAAGCGGGUUUCAAAUGUGCACGGGGAAGCCCACAGCUCACAGCGGCGCUCCCUGUGCUCGUCGCUGGAUGCCGGCGGCGGCGCCGACAGCAGCGCCUGUGCCCCCCCGACCGACUCGCCCCUUGGCCCCGGCGCGGCCGAAUUGAAACGCCACCGUUUGCAAAGGCGCCCGCUCGCCAACUCCUCCUCCUCUUUACUCGGGGCGCUCAACUACGAGGAUGGCGAACCCGGAAUCCCUCGCGGCGCCCCUGGCCAGAGCUCUCGGGGAAAGGACCUCCGCCCUCACGCAGACCCCGCCCUCCUUCGGAAAAUGCUGCCCAACAUUCACCCUCCCGCGGCCGAACCAGGCCGUCCCUCCUCGGCCACGUCGUCUCAGCAUAAAGAGACAACAGGUACUGGGAGCAAGAGGCCCCACAAUGAUCUGCAUGCGAAACAACAGGCCUGUUUCAAGGGCCGGAGCCAGACGGAAGGCAGUGAGGCCUUCAGGCAACUGAUUACCUAUCUGACAGUCAGCCAGAUGCAUCAGGGCGGGAAGCUGCACAGCGCAGGCAUGGGAGGGGCCGUGAAAAAGGACACCCGGCGCUUUAUCACGAGUAACCCUCAGCUUGUCGAAACGGCCAAGAAUAGGGGGAGCGCCAUUGCUCGCUGGCCGUGUACGCCCUCCCCCACGUCGUCUCCGUUUCUCAGUCCGAAUGUCGUCAGCCCUCACGCGAACACCGCGCAGCCGGCCAGUCGGAAUCCCCAGGCGUACCAGUCGGCCACGCUUCCUGCCAAGGGAAGUUCCGACGCGCAUGCUCAGACGCGGGACGACAGUCUCGAUGUCGCCGGCGAGAGGAGAAGCUCCUUUUCCGGCCCGGAGAGCGAACUAGAGAGGAGCGGCGUGGACCCGGAGCACUUCCCGUGUGAGACGGAGGGAUUCAUUACGAGCGGAAACCGAGAGGCCGGGGGCGACUCCGACCGCCCCCCGCCUCGGUCGAGAAGCCAGCCGAGUGGCGGCACUGAGGACCGGUUCAGGUCCGACCCGAGGGCGAAGCGUGCAGCGCGUCAGUCUCCGCGUUCUGGCCCUAAUGAUUCUCUUUGUUUCUCUGCCGCCCCCAGUGUGAGUGGCCAACGAGCGGACCUCAACGCCGGCUCGCUCGGAAGGGGAGACCACCCGUCAGCUUUUGUCAGGCAGACAUGUGCUGGCGCUCGGGCUGGCGUUACAUCUCCAGCUCCCAACUCGCAAUACCCGCCUCCUCCUCCUCCUCCUCCUCCUCCUCCUCCUCCUCCUCCUCCGUGUCCUCCCUCGCAAGCCAGCGUCCAGUCCCGGCCGAAUCACAACCACGUCCGACCCCGGACCCUCCCGGAUCCCUUCUGCAACGGCCUGCAACGGGGCAGGGAGCUCAAACGCAGCUCCAGCGGCGUGAUCGCCGGUUCCGGGAGCGCGGACGCUCUAUUCGACAAGCCCGCUCGAUGCCGGAGCCAGCAGCCCUUGUCGUCGCCCCCGCAAGGCGACACCAAAGUCCAACGGAGGCCGACCAGUAAGCGUCUCUCCAAGAGCUACUCCCAAGGCUCCGUGUCUUCCCACACAUGCUGGUCCGCGGGCUGCCGGGCGUCGGUGGCGUUCCCGUUGCAGAAAGACGGGAAACACGUGAGGGGCUCUCAAAAACUGGACGGCGGUCCGUGGCGAUGCGACGGGCCGUUCAGCGACUGCUUCUUCAAACGUAAGCCGGAGGAGGACGAGAUCGAGUGGGAGAGGCCCCGACGGAGCCGCGACGUGGACGACGGCUGGUCGGCCGCGGAUGUGUCCGGGGAGGUCCUCGCGAACGUGAGCUUCAGCGACCGCCUCUCGCGAAUCGACGCGCUCAAGGACCGCGUGCACCGCUUCCCCUCCGGCUUCGUCGACGUCCGCCGCGACGCCGGCGAGCUCAUCGCCCUGGUGCGGUCCGGCGUCGGCCGCUGCGACCGCGGCGCCCAGACGCCUCUCCAAGACGUGUCCCGGUUCAAGCGCCUCCUCUCGGUCGAGUCCAAAGAGCUGGGCCGGGCGUGCCGGAGGAUGGCGCAGGCCCACGGGAGCCCCGAGGAGAUGCUGCUCGCCGUGACGUGCAGCUUCCAGGUGCUGUGCCGCCUCUGCGAAGCCUGCGUGUGUCUGGUCAGGGGCCUCGGGGCCUCGGCCGCGCACCAACAGAGGGAGGUCGCGGCGAAGGUCGACGAGGUCGUCAUGAACUACAUCUGCUUGCUCAAAGCGGCCGAGGCUGCCGCCGUGGGAGCGCCGGGGGAGCGCAGCGUGAAGGCCCUGGUCCGCCACACCAGCACCAUGUCGGCCAUUGCGAACGCGCUCACCCGCUCCCUUAAAACGCUGCUCAGCAAGUAGAGGCUCCUCCUCCUCAUGCUUUAUCGUGUGGCCUACGCAGUCGGCGUUCGUCGAUCUUUGAGCAUCUCGUUAUGGUUGCCUCUGCUGAAGAAGUCGUAUAUUUUUCAUAUAAGGUCUGAACGGUCUUCAUAUCAAAGUCAUUGGAGCUGAACAAAGAUGAGACGGAUGCUGAAAGGUGGUCCCCUCUGACUGCACUUGAUAAUAUUGUAAUGUGUAUUUCAAUAGCCAUACUGUCACAGACCUUUGUUAUGUGAUAUGCACCGAAUAGAUACCCUUUUACCUGUGCAUUAUGUAACUUAUUUAAUAUAAUGUAAAUGUAUAUAAUGUACAUAAAUACAAUAUAAAUAUAUUAUUUGCCGUAGCAGUUUCGAGAAGCCAUCGAGUGUUGGGCAUGAUUUGCUCCAAUUGUACAGGGCUGGAGGGAAUUUACAUUCAGUUCAAUCAGUUCAUAAAGUGCAGUUUUACUACGGAUAUUUAGAAUUUACCCGUAGAAAUAGAAGCAAAAGUAUGUCACUGUGCGUCCAGUGAGGAAGUUGUUGCCGUCAUUUUAUCCACAUGAUUCAACCUGCUGGAUUGGGUUUCUGAAUGACUGUCAAUGUGAUUUCAACACUGUUGUAUUACACGUUUGUUUGACAUAUAUACAGGGACACUAUCGUUGCACUGCAUUUACCACAGCUUCAUCAUUUACCAUGUAGGUUAUUGUCAGAUAAAAGCAAUACAAAGUAAACUAGAACGGGCACUCGGUAGAGCGCAUACCUUCGCAUAUCACAAAAUUGGGUAUUGAAUUAUGAACAUUUUGGCGUUAGUUGCAUGCCAAUUGGAUAGAAAUUGACCGUGCUAUGGUAAAAAGAAGAUGUUGACCUAUGACCCGAUUGAUCCCACAAUCUAAUCAAAUGGUCCCCGGAUAAUAACCAAUCAUCCCACCAAAUUUCAUGUGAUUCGGUUUAAAACUUGUUGUGUUCUGCGAGGAACACGCAUACAAAUAAAUAAAUAAAUACACGGCGAUCAAAACAUAACCUUCCGCAUUUUCAAUGCGAAGGUAAAAAUAGACUAUCCCUGAAAUAUAAAUAUCUAUAAUAGAGCUAUAAUUUUGUUAUUUCGAGAGAGAAAAAAGUUUUAAUAUGAAACCCGUCGGAUUGAUCACUCUGUUAAUUUCAUCUAAUCAUGUUUAAGCUUUUGUGUUUUAUGAUCAUCUGUUCUGGACUCAUUUCUGUGCUUGAAGGACUCGUUAUUCCACACCGCGUAUCCAGAUGCAGUCAUGUCUCUUUCAAUAAUCCACCAAUGUAUUAAAAACAUUUUACAGAUA